UUGAUUUUGAUAAUUUUUGACGUGUUGAUAGCCACCAAGGAAAAAGAUAAAAUUUAGUUAAUAAUACAGUGAGAGUUGUUGUGAUUUUUAUUGAUAACAUUUGUUUAUUAUACAAUUAUUAACUUUGUGUUUUUUGUCGAGUGUCUACUUCAUAUUUUCAAAGUUACAUCUACAAAUAAUCAUGUUAUGAUUAUCAUUCAGAGAGAAGAUGAGGAGAGUUUGGAUUGAUUUUCGUAUAACAUAAUGCUAUAGUCCUCGUCAGCCAUGCUCAUCAAAGAAUAUCGUAUUCCUCUACCUCUAACAGUAGAAGAAUACAGAAUAGCACAACUUUAUAUGAUAGCAAAAAAGAGUCGAGAAGAAAGUAGUGGUGCUGGUAGCGGUGUUGAGAUUUUAAUAAAUGAACCUUAUACCCAUGGGCCUGGCGGACAAGGACAAUACACAAAGAAAAUAUAUCAUGUAGGCAGCCAUUUGCCAGGAUGGAUAAAAGGCAUCCUUCCUAAGACGGCGCUUAUGGUCGAAGAAGAAGCCUGGAAUGCAUACCCAUAUACAAAAACCAGAUAUACCUGCCCAUUCGUAGAAAAAUUUUCAUUAGAAAUCGAAACUUACUAUUAUCCAGACAAUGGUCACCAGGAGAAUGUAUUCGAGCUGUCAGGCAGUGACUUGAGGAAUAGAAUUGUUGAUGUAAUAGACGUAGUAAAAGACCAAUUAUACGGCGCCGAUUACGUAAAAGAAGAAGAUCCUCUAUAUUAUGUUUCCGAAAAGUCUGGCAGAGGUCCAUUAUCUACAAAUUGGUUGGAAGAAUAUUGGGACAGUGUUAAAGGAAAACAACAGCCAUCAACUAAUGGAAAAUCGCUUAUGUGCGCCUACAAGUUAUGUAAAGUGGAAUUCAGAUAUUGGGGCAUGCAAACAAAAAUAGAACGGUUUAUCCAUGACACAGCUCUUCGGAAGACAAUGCUAAGAGCUCACCGACAAGCUUGGGCGUGGCAAGAUGAAUGGCACGGUCUUACAAUGGAAGAUAUUCGAGAAAUAGAAAGGCAAACACAACUGGCAUUGAGAAGGAAAAUGGGCCAGCUAGAAGAUGAGAUUGAUGAAGAUGACCAUGUAGGUAAUAGUACGUCAAAAGAAGAUCCUGGUAAAACUUUAGCUGCUACUUUAGGAAGUAUAGAAGUAGCCGAAGAUAGUCCUUUGAUGGCCAAAAAUUCAAAUAUUCCUGCUAUACAAACAGCUGGUAGCUCAGAUACAGAUCUAUCACCUGAAGAUGACAUGGGCAUAAUGAAGAGAGAAGAUAAAUGGCAACAAUCAAGAACGCUCCAUUCGCCAAGUUCUUCCUCCAUAAAAAGCUUUGACUUACAAGUUGCAAAUUGGCGUAUAAAAAGCCUUGGGAGGGAUUCAGGCUCGUCUUCUGAUGAAGAAUUCUUUGAUUGUGAGGAUUCUUCUUCAUUAGCUAAGUGGAGUUCAUUGGAGCUUCUUAUGGAAGAAGAUCAAGAUACAACGUCUCCUAUAAAUCAUGUUUCACAACAAGAUGUUGAAGAUAGUAUAUUUUCACCAACGUACCUUCAACGAGUGGCUAGUGAAAGAGGAAAUAGAAGAGCAAUGCUAAGAGGAAAAAUCAAUUCUGUCGAAGCAUCUUGUCCGGAAUCACCAUUAGCAUCUCCUGCCCAUAAUCCUUGUAAAACAACAGUAUUAAUUUUAGUCCUCCAUGCCGGUAGUGUGUUAGACGCUAAUGUAGACUUGACGGCAAAGAAGUCUGAUAUAACAACGUUCAAAGGGGCAUUCGAAUUGGUAAUGCGCCAACAUUAUCCUUCCUUAAUAGCUCAUGUAGCAAUAAGAUUGGUAUCUUGCCCUUCCAUUUGCACAGAAGGCUUAGGAAUUCUAUCCAGCCUUAGCCCUUACAGUUUCGAUGUUUCACCAUCUUGUACCGAUGUUCCUCAGAUAACACACGACUCGAUUCCUAUUGGUGCUAUUCCUAUUUUGGCUUCUUCAACCUCAGAGUAUGCGGAAGCCGUUUCUAGGACAAUCAGUGCAGCUAAUACUGCAUAUCAAGAAUUCAUAAAGUCUGAAGAAGGUCAAGGUUUUGCUGGCCAAGUAUGUUUCGUAGCAGAUUCGAUGGGAUCAAUAUUAGGUUAUGAUGCUCUGUCUAGAACUACUAAAUAUGCUUCCAGGCAUGGAAGUGAGAACAGUAUACUGGAUAGUGAUUUACAAAAAUUAGAUGAAGUGCAUAUAAACGAAUCUGGUCAUUUGACUGCACCUACUCCCCGUCGAAGAUCAUCCUCUACUAGUGAUCAACAAGGUCAAAUAAAGUUAGAAUUCGAAGUAUCAGAUUUCUUCAUGUUUGGAAGUCCUCUCGCUUUAGUUCUUGCUUAUAGAAAAAUUUCUUCUCCAGAUGAUAAAUUAAACAAUAUAACCCGUCCAGUGUGUCUACAAGUGUAUAAUUUAUUCCAUCCAACUGACCCUGUUGCCGCCAGACUUGAACCCCUACUAUCUGCUAGAUUUUCCAUUCUCGCACCUGUAAAUAUUCCACGAUACGCCAAGUAUCCAUUAGGAAAUGGUCAACCAUAUCAUUUAGUCGAAAUUCUUCAGUCGAAUCCCCAAAUGUUCAAUGAUAACAUACAACCUAGACGUCUAUCAGAAGUCUCGAUACAAAGCACUGUUUCGGGACUGAUUGAUAUUCCCUUCCAAGCUAUUAAUGCUUUGCAACAAAAAUGGUGGGGUAGUAAACGAAUGGAUUAUGCACUGUAUUGUCCAGAAGGUUUGUCAAAUUUUCCGACAAAUGCUCUUCCACAUUUAUUUCAUGCCAGUUAUUGGGAAAGCUGUGACGUUAUUGCUUUCAUAUUGAGACAAAUAGGGGGAAUAGAAGUGACUUCUUUGCCAGGUGAUAAUGACAGAGAGCAAUCUUUCAGACCCGGACAACCUAGAGAAAAAUGGAUAAGAAAACGAACAUCCGUUAAACUUAAGAAUGUGACUGCAAAUCACCGAGCUAAUGAUGUUAUUGUCCGAGAAGGUGCGGCACAGACGCUAACAGCAAGGUUCAUGUAUGGACCUUUAGAUAUGAUUACACUGACUGGAGAAAAAGUGGAUAUCCAUGUUAUGAAAGAUGCUCCAUUGGGAGAAUGGUCACAUUUUGCAACAGAAGUUACUGAUAAAACUGGACGAAUAACAUUUACAAUUCCAGAAGAAAAGUCGUUGAGUUAUGGGUUAUACCCAAUUAAGAUGGUUGUUAGAGGAGAUCAUACAGCAGUAGAUUUCUUCUUGGCCGUGGUUCCUCCGAAAACUGAAUGUAUUGUAUUUAGUAUAGAUGGUUCAUUUACAGCAAGUGUAUCUGUCACUGGACGCGACCCAAAAGUUAGAGCGGGCGCAGUGGAUGUAGUGAGGCAUUGGCAAGAAUUGGGAUUCCUAAUCAUCUAUAUCACAGGACGACCUGAUAUGCAACACAGAAGAGUGGUAUCUUGGUUAUCUCAGCAUAAUUUUCCUCAUGGUUUGAUAUCAUUUGCAGAUGGAUUAUCAACAGAUCCGCUUGGUCACAAAGCCGCUUAUUUAAACAACUUAGUUGAGAACCAUGGUGUAGUUAUACAUUCAGCUUAUGGUAGCGCAAAAGAUAUCAAUGUAUAUACUUCUGUUGGAUUGAAACAAAAGCAGAUAUUCAUUAUUGGCAAAGCUACAAAGAAACAACAAUCUCAAGCUACCAUUUUAACAGAUGGUUAUGCAGCACAUUUAACAAUGUUAAUGUCACACGGUGGAUCACGGCCGGCUCAAGGUAACGCUAGAAUGGUUAUACCUAGAGGACAUUUCGGUCUUCCAGGACAAACUUUUUCCCGAAGAAGAAGCCAUGAUCCAGGUUUAUCUUCUCCUGCUCGUAACAGCGGCUUUCUCAAAAGAAAGGUUUACAUUAGUCAUGUCUAACCAUGUCACUCGCUAAUUUAUUAUAAUGGUAAUUAUAAUACUACCAAUGCACAAUCGUCGUAGAUUUGCACAAUUGGAAUUUAUUCAGUAGUGUCCAGUAGUGCGGUGCUUUUUGCAUUACCCAAUAAGACAAUUCAAUAUAUUUUCAAACAAUUGAUAUAAGUAAAACUUCAAAAUUUAUUUUUUAACGUUUUACAAUAACAUAUUUUCUGACAUUUAUUUAAUAUGAGGUUUGAAAUUAGAAACACUUUUAAUGGUACCAAAACAAUAUUAAGAUUUGUUACAAGUCGAACGGCCGGUUCCAUAAUCCCACUCUAACUGGCAUUAAAGGUUACUUUACAUUAAAGGGCUCUUUAACUUUAAAGUGAAUGGUCCCAUAAUCCAUAAGUAAAGGCUCCUUUAAGAUGUUAAAAGGAGGUUGACAACACUCUGUCUUUUUCCAAUAUGUGUCGUUAGAAAAAGAAACAAAAUGAAAGUCAGUAGAAGAAGGUUUUACAUAAUUAAUGCAACAUUUUUAUUUCUACGACGUUCCUCGUUCUUAUAAUAGAUUCAUUGUAUAAAUUUUCACCGUUUCACCUUUUCAUUCCACUGUUCUUGAAUAUUGUCUGGUCGUAAACGGCUAACUAGCUACAAUCAAAAGCUGAGCAUCGAAUACAGUUUGAACGCUUAACGCAAAAAAAGCCCUUUCGGCUCUUAAAGAUUUCUACAUCUUCGUCGCCUAUUGUCGACAGAAAUUUGACUACUCGAUUCGUUUUUUCUAUGUCGAUAUAUUUUUCGUCUUCAGAUGAGUUGAAUUUUAUUUAAGCUUAUUAAAAAGACACCAGGGUGAGCUUAGAUUUUAAAUACAGCCCAGCCCAUGUUUGCAUUUGACUCUUUGCCGCUAAAGUAGACUUUAAUAUGCUACUGUAAAACAUUACUUUACCUUAAAUUUCAACUUAAAAGAACAUGUAAGCUAAAUGUCAAUUAUGAAAUGCGCUACUUAAUCUAAUAGGAACUUCGUUUGAAUUUAUUAUGAAACCGGCCGUAAAAGGUAUCAUAAAAUUAUCUGCAAGUGCACAACGCAACAAAAAUUUAGUAAUCAAAGUAUUUGUAUAUUUAAUAUGAUUAAAACUUUUCGGUAAAAUUAAACUAUGUGAACCUUUAAUGCUGAGAAUUAUGUAGGUUGUCAAAAUUUACAAUUAUAUAAAAUGGUUUCUAGCAGUAUCAUAAAAAGAAAAAGAAUUGCUGCUAUUCUGCAAUGGACAGAAAGAGAUUUAACGAAUGAUCACUACUUUUUCAAUCGGCUGGUGGAGUAACGGUAGUAAUAAGUUUUUGAAUUGUUGGAAACUCUUUUUAACUUUAUUAUUUUGAUAAUAGCCGCAAUUAUUUAUGUCAAACCACAUUUGUGAUGCAAGCGGCAUUAAUAAUGAAGCUGUCUUUAUGAAACUACAGGCACGUCCAAUAACACAUCCCAUACUCUUUGUUACUCCAUUUUCACGGGAAAUACAUACAUUUUUUUUAAAUCAAAUAGAAGACGCUGAAAUUCGUUGGAGAAAUUUUAAAAACGAUUUAUUACUAUAGUUUAUUUUAAUCAAUUAGAGAGUAAUAAAAAGAUGAAGCAUUCGUAACUCAUAAGACUUCUUUUAUAAGACAUUUAAAAUAUAUUUUCUACAACAUUGUUGUGGACAAUUCCUUGAAAUGGGAGUUACAUAUUGCCGCCUUAUCUAAAAAAUUAAGUUCCUCCUGUUUUCCCGUGAAAUCAAUUUCCAAAGAACUGAACUAUCCAUCUCCUUAACAGUCUGUUAUGCCCUUAUUAAGUCGCAUCUCAGAUAUGCCCUUUCUUUCUGGGAUACGUGUGGUGCGACUCAAUUUGAGCGUAUCUUCAAACUACUAAAGAGAGCUGUUAGAUAUUUACUCGGACUAAACAGCAGGGCUCACUGCAGGGACUUCUUUAAAAAAUUAACAUUUCUGACUCUUCCUUCCUUAUUCAUCUUUGAAACCGUUCGCCUAAUUGGUAAGCACGGUUCUCCAAUCGAUAUCAUCUUUUCUGGUCUUCUACUCUGUAAACGACUUCUAUUCUAAUAAUAAUAUUUAAUUCCGAGCAUGCUGCAUACUGGUUUAAUUUUUGCUAUGGACUAUGCAACUUAUAUACUAAUUGUUAUCUAUUACUUAUAAUUCUGUUACUCAUUGUUAUUUUUCAUUCGCCAGACGUCUGUUUGGCGGAAGAAAAGUCCUUUUUUUUCUAAUCCGUAACAACGGUUUUUCCAGUCAAACUCUCAACUAAAUCUACUCUCAAUAACGAUAUAAAAAUUAUCUCUGGUCUACUCCUUUUAUAGGAUUGCUUAAAAAACUCCUUCAAGUAACGCCGCAAUGCUCAGUUACAACUAAAUUAAAAUGACCUUGUUCUUAGACGAAUAAGACGGAAGAGAGGAUUUUACUGACUCUUAAAAUCUUCUUAUAAAUAGAACUGCCAACAAUAAGCAUUUUGCUUGACCUAAGAUCUCACUCGUAUACAAGGUUGUAUAAGUAGGACCCAAAAUAUAUCUAAUGAAGUUGUUUCAAGUUGCCUCUACAACGGAACGGUGUGUAACUGUGUUACAAAUAUUUAUGGGAGUUAAGUAGUUAGCAAAUUAGUUGUGAUUCAUUACUGUCUUUGAAUUCUGCCGGAAACGAUUGUAAGAAAUUGUAAAUUUUGAAUAAUUCCAUAAUUCUUAGUAGAUAAGGUUAACAAAAUACAAAAUCUUUGCCGUUAGUCUGUGGUUAUCUAUGCAAUUUUGUAAUUUAUAAUUGUUCCAAUGUUCUCAUAUUUAGAAUGAUAUGAUUUAACCUCAUGCAAUGGCUUACAGGACAUCGGUAUUACAGAGUGCGUCAAAUAUCGAUAUUUAAAUAAAACUUUUUUUUUAAAAUUAGUGGAGCGUACUAUUUUACAUUCAUUCAAUGUUAAAAUUACUUCCUUUUCAAAAUGGCAGCCCUUGGAAUCAAUAAAUUGUUGUAGAUGGUCCCUUAAGUUUUGAGCUGCUCUGGCUCAGAUAUUACCCCUCAAAGAGGCGAGACUUCUGGAAACUUUAUUCUUAAAACAGCAAGUGAACAUCGAUGGGAGCAAUAAACUUUGGAGGAAUAUAAAAUUUGGAAUUCACAUUAACAGUUACUCCGUUCUCCUUCAAUAAGCUCAAUAGUGCGACACAAAAUUAUGAUGCAACAAACCACACUUAUGAAAAAUGUUGUCUUUCUUAAAUAAUUAAAGAAAAUAUAUGCCUCGUCAUUACUGAAUGCAUAUAUGCAAGUAUUUGCUCACACAGACUUCCACGAUUGGCUUAGUCCAUUGGGGUGUAUCUGUUCUGUGCUACUAGUUUUCUCCAAUUUCCAAAUCUAGGACUAAAUCGUGUUUGUGUAAGGAACGGCAUUGUUUCAUGGAAUAUUAAAAUGUCGCCGAAAAGUUCGUUUAACUGGAGCUAUCACAGAUCUAUUUUUUUUAUAAUUUGGGAAUACAGCAACUCCACGAGCUGCUUAGUCGGUUUUGCCAUACCCUUUAGUAUUAUUACUAUUUUUGAGGUCCUUGGUUCGUUUAAAUAGUUAUUUCAUAUGUCUCAUAUUAUCAUUAUUUAUAGCAUAUACGAAAAUAUAUUUACGCUUUUAUCUGAUUUUCAGUGAAAAAACAUUAUUGAAUUGUCUGUACGGUAACUAAAUGAAGUUAUUUAUUUGGUUCAAAGACUAUAUAUUUAUUUCAGUUUAAUGAACAAAUAAAAAAUUUGUCAAAAUAAAAUCACAUUUUUAUCACUGGUUCGUUUUGAAUUAAAACUUUUGUUUUCAUCCAGUAUUAUAUUGAUUAUCAUUCCAUAAUCCUUUAUUCUCUAUCAGCUCCAAUAUUUCUUACUCACACCACCUUACAUCGGAUAAACUAUUAUUUACAGUUUGUUUUUUAAAAAUAUUAUUGCAAAAUUUGUUAAUCUUUCACUGAUUGCUUCUAUUCUAAGUUGUCUUCUAAAAUUUAUGUAUUGGUUUGUUUUUUUUUCAGCUGAUUGUUGUAUUGUUUAAAAUAAUUUCCAACAACCUGUGGCAUUUUUAGAAUUCUUUUUUGUUUUUGAUUAUUCAGAGAGGGUUAUCAGAAGUGGAAUACUGGAAAAUUUAUUAUUUACUUCUUAUGAAUAGGUUAUAGUCGUUUAUUGAAUUAUUUUUUGUUUGCAUUCAUAUUUUUUAUUUAUUAGUUAGGAGGGAUCUCGGUAAACGUAACGCUAUGAGACCUGAACGCACCGUGACAUGAAUUGGCCAAACGAAUAAAGGUACGGGACGUAAUAGAUGGACAUUCAUAAACUAUCGCUUUAUGUCUCGUGAAGUUGAUCGUAACAUAUACACAAAAAAAAAACGUUUACGUUACGUUACAUCCCCUCGCGCAAUCCUGGUGAUAUGAAAUUUGGGCAAUAGGUUUUAUAUUGAUGAGUGUUCAAUGAAGUUUGGAUUUGUUGUUCCGAUUCAAAAGGAAGUUUGGAUUUGUUGUUCCGAUUCAAAAGGAAGUUUCUGUUUUUUCAUGUGAAGUAUUGUUACGUAUAUUUCACUCGUGUUUAUUAUCUUCGAGUAGGUACAUACAUUGUAUUGUUGAUUUUAAUCACACCUUAAUACUUACAUAUGUUGUAAUUAUGCUGUUGAUAGUGGUGGAUUUACCAGCAGGAUGAGGAGGCUUUAACCAGGAGAGGCAGAUUUCAAAGAAAGGCAAAUUUUGUUCGAAAUUUAUUUAUUUCGAUUUACAAAAUUAAAAAAAAAAUAUUGUUCACGCGGAGGAGAAGAUUUUUACAGAAAUGAAAUUAAUUUAAUAAUAAUUUUAUUUGUAGUAUACUAAAUACUUCAACCUCUCUACAUGAACAAUUGCUCAGCCCUUUGUAAAAUAUGCUUAAAAUAAUGUCUUUUAACAAUUAUCAGUUCUCACAUUGAUAAGUUGAAAUUUCAUUGAUAAACAAUGUAAUUUAAAUAAUUGUGAACUUGGUUAUCGAUUUGAGAGGUCAGUAGAGGCGGCAAAAAAUAAAUAGCCUACCGGCGGCAAAUUAGUCAAUCCACCACUGGCUGUUGAAUUACGAGGGAAAAGGAGUAAAGCAAGUAUUAGGGAAAUAUUUAUUUAGUAGUCCUAUUUAAGUCUAAUAGACAACAGGCUAAUAUCAAUACUCUCUAUCGUAACCAAGAAACGAAUACAUCCAUUGGUAAUUUUUAUUUCACUAUGUAGUAGAAUUCUAUGAUAAAUCAAAUUUAUGGUUCAUCUUUUCUUCCGUCCACUGGCAAACAUUAUUCAUAAUACUUUUGGAAAAACAUUGAUUAAAUAAAAAUUGCUCGAGCGAAACAAAUUUUUUUAUUAAUAACCAGUGUAAAAAAUGCCUAAAUAACCAUCAUAAAUUAAGGUCAUCAAAUAAUCAAUAUUUCUAUUAACACUUUUAGAUUAGAUACUUCAUAAUAUAUGAAGAAAUAUUACUUACUUAGAUUAUUUUAUUUUUUUGUUGAAUAAGGUCUAUGUGACAUCUAGAGCUUCACAUUUUUUCUUUCUUUAAAUAUUAUUUAAGUAUAAUAUAUACCUAUACCAAAGCAAAUCAGGUCCUAGAGACCCAACUGUUCAAUAAUCUUUCUUCACUUUUUCACGUCAGUCACUCGCCAGAACGUUUCCACAAUACUCCUAGAUCUUCCUCGCAAACUUUUAUCCACUUUUUUCUGGAACUACCCUCAUUUGAAAUAUUUUCUUUCGGCUCAUAUUGCUUCUGGCAUUCUUAAAUUCAGUUCCACUAUCAUCUAGUCGUUUUAACUAAAUGACCAAUUUCUGGUUUCAAUACUAUUUUCUCUUUUCUUCUUCAGCUUGUUUCUCUUACCUUCAUCCCUCCAUAGAUUUUUCAACCAUUAUUUUUCGUGUGUUUAUUUCGCUUUCCUCCUCUAUAUUUAAUAUUUAACAUUCGCAUCCGUACCGUAUAGUAGGAUGCAGAAUUUGACUUUCAUAUUUUCUAUUGUUUCAACUAAAUUCUUGCCGAAUUUCUUUAGCUUGUCUCUCUGCGUCGUCACAGUUUGAAUAAUUGAAUAAAUUUCAAUCAAAUACGGCUAAGAUCCUUCACAAUCACUUUUCAUCUUACUAUAAAUACUAUAUCUUAUAUACAUGUGCCUAGAUCUGCAUUUUGUUCUCAUGUAUUGUUCCUCGCGUCCUUAUUCCACCGUCACCGUCAUUCUUUGUUUUACUUAAAAUUAUUGUUACAAAAUUCUAUCUACUAACACCCUGCUGUUCGUUUUUUUGUUAGAGUUUAAUACAAACAACCUCUAUCAAUUUACCUUCUUAUCACUGUCAAAUAGGCCAGCUAGAAUUUCUCACGUCUCAGUGCAUUUUACUCAAGUCGGGUAGCAUUGUAUUUAAAUUAGAUGUUUGGUUUGUUCAGUUUAUUGAUAGAAUAAGGAAAAUCAUUUAUAUUGUUGUUUAUAUUAUUCAAUAUAUAAUAACAUAUCAUUAUAAAUGAUUUUCUACUAAUUAAUUCAUUUGGCAUUCAUGAUAAAAAUAUUCACUCCAUAAGUUCGAGGUUCCUUAAUUAAAAUAAACAUUUGGAUAUAAACAAAUAAUUAAAUAAAAUCUUACUAAUAUAAAUCAUAUAUUUAAAAUUACUGCCUUGCCUGGUCAUCGGAUGCUUUUUUAUUUCUUGAAAUAUUUUACAAAAAGAUCUUAUUUGUUGCAUUCCCAAAAUGUUAAUUUUUCUAUAACAGUAAAAUAUUUCAAGUGAAUUGUUUUAAUUUUUUAUUAUUUAUUUUAGCGUUACCAAAAAAUAUUUUGAGUGAAUUAGUGUAAUAUACUAGAAUUUUGAAAUUAAUGCAUAUUGUGUUGAAUAUAUUUUAUUGAUGUUAGUAAUUAUUACCCAAAAUUAACAUAACUUUUCGAAAUAGUUAUUUUCCUAACAAGUGCGGAAAGUGAUACUUUCCCGCACGCGACUGCAGUUGUCCCGAACGACGCGGAGCGGAGUUCGGGCAAGCGGUCAAGUGCGGGAAAGACACUUUACGCAUGCGUUAGGAACAUUAUUUUUUCUACGGCCGUAUAUACAAAAAAGUAUACCAACCCAUUUUUCAAAAAUUAUUUUAUUCCGACAAACAUAAUAAUAUACAAAACAUUAACUAAAAACUACUAAUUAUUAUAAAUAUUAAUAUUGAAAACACAAUUUGUGUGGGUUAAAACGCACGGUCGUAGAAAAAAUAUGGAUUCUUACAGUAAUAUGACGUAGCUUAGUAUAGAAGUAUAUCCAACUGCGAAGGAUGACCUAAUUUUAUCAGGAUGUAUUUGUAUUUAAAUCGAUGAUUAAAAAUCAUUUUUAAACUAUUUGAUGGUAUCAAACCACGAUUAAUUCAAAUUUAUUACAUAUAUUCUCUCAUUAUGAGCCCAUAUAAUCGAAUAAAAGCUUUGUUUUCAAGUGAAAAUAAUAAAUAGGUAUAAAACAUUGCACUUGAUAAUUUUUUUCUUGAUCUGAGUAUCGAUGAAGCUUCCAAAAAAGACUUUCGAAUUUCAAAUAAUCAACAAAUGGAUUAAAAACAAAAUUUUUUUGAUAAUGAAUUAAAGAACAGAAAAACAUGAUAUGAUAGCAUUAACUAUGAAUUAAAACUAAUACAGAAAAUAGUUUUAUAACAAAUUAAAACAAUGUGAAAGUACAACACUACCACCGAAGAAA